UAAAGCAGUAUGGCGAACAGUGAAAAAAACAAAGUGAAGUUUGAGGUUGGUGAUGACGAGGAUAAAUCUGAGUCUGAGAGGAUGGAAACCAAGCAGUCAGAAAGUCGAUUAGACGGUGAUGAAGAGAAGACUCCAAUCAACUCCCCAAUGGCACGAGACAAUCGUCAGCAGUCACCAGCCAGAUUAAAGUAUGGCUCAAGUCUGAGCGACCAUUGUCUGUCUCCUAAGCGACAGUUGUUUCAGCCCCGUCUGAUGUACAGCAUGUCCACCAAGAGAAACUCACAAACCCAGUUCUCAGAAAGCAUAGUGCACUCAAUGUCGGGAGCUACCAACUUAGACACCAAAGGGAAAAAACUGAGCCUGUCACCUAAAGAUUGUGUAGUAGCAACACCAGAGGAAUUUGUCAAGAGAUUCGGCGGAAAUCAUGUUAUAAAUAAGGUAUUGAUAGCCAACAAUGGUAUAGCUGCAGUAAAAUGUAUGAGGUCAAUCAGAAGAUGGUCGUAUGAGAUGUUCCGCAAUGAGAAGGCUGUCAGAUUUGUUGUCAUGGUUACACCAGAAGAUUUAAAAGCAAAUGCUGAAUAUAUCAGGAUGGCAGACCAGUAUGCACAAGUUCCAGGAGGAUCUAAUAAUAAUAACUAUGCUAAUGUGGACCUGAUUCUGGACAUAGCUAAACGAACACAAGUACAGGCUGUAUGGGCAGGGUGGGGACAUUCAUCAGAGAAUCCAAAACUACCAGAACUUCUACAUAAAAACAAUAUUAUAUUUAUUGGACCACCAGAGUAUGCUAUGUGGGCAUUAGGAGAUAAGAUAGCUUCAUCAAUAGUGGCCCAGACAGCUAACGUCCCUACACUACCAUGGAGUGGUUCAGGGUUGACAGUAGAUUGGGAUGAGAAGAAAGGUCACCGUGUUACAGUGCCUAAUGAUGUUUUUAAGAAAGCUUGUGUUAAAGAUGGUGAUGAAGGAUUAAAGGCUGCUAAGAAGAUUGGAUUCCCUGUUAUGAUCAAAGCCUCUGAAGGAGGAGGAGGGAAGGGUAUAAGGAAGGCUGAGAGUGAAGUAGAUUUCCAUAACUUGUUUAGACAGGUGCAAACAGAAAUUCCAGGUUCUCCCAUCUUUAUCAUGAAGAUGGCGUUAUCAGCCAGGCAUUUAGAAGUACAGAUUUUAGCAGAUAAUUAUGGGAAUGCUGUAUCCCUGUUUGGUCGUGACUGUUCUAUACAGAGAAGACAUCAGAAGAUUAUAGAGGAGGCACCAACAGCUAUAGCUAGUCCUGAUGUGUUUGAAAUGAUGGAAAAGGCAGCUGUCACUUUAGCUAAGAUGGUUGGUUAUGUCAGUGCUGGGACAGUAGAAUAUCUCUACAACUCAGAAGAUGACACUUUCCAUUUCCUAGAAUUAAAUCCAAGAUUACAGGUGGAACAUCCAUGUACAGAAAUGGUGGCCGAUAUCAACCUCCCUGCUGCUCAGCUACAGAUUGCUAUGGGUUUACCACUGUACAGAUUGAAAGACAUCAGAAGUUUGUAUGGCUUGGAUCCAUGGGAACCUACUAUAAUAGAUUUUGAGCAACCUACCUUUAAACCAAGCCCAAGGGGUCAUGUGAUAGCAGCUAGGAUAACAAGUGAAAAUCCAGAUGAGGGAUUUAAACCAAGCUCUGGAACUGUGCAAGAAUUGAAUUUUAGAAGCAGUAAGAAUGUCUGGGGAUACUUCAGUGUGGUAGCAUCAGGAGGGCUCCAUGAAUUUGCUGACUCACAGUUUGGACAUUGUUUCUCUUGGGGAGAGGACAGACAUGACGCUAGAGAAAACUUGGUUGUAGCAUUGAAGGAACUGUCCAUUAGAGGUGAUUUCAGGACAACAGUAGAAUAUUUGAUCAAACUCUUAGAGACUGAGGAAUAUCAGAACAAUCGUAUAUCUACAGCCUGGUUAGACAAACUGAUCUCUGAGAAAGUCCAGGCUGAGAAACCCCCUACCAUGUUAGGGGUCAUCUGUGGGGCAUUACAUAUAGGAGAUCAAACCAUAACCACUAGCUUCCAGAACUUCCAGGCUUCUUUAGAAAAAGGACAGAUCUUACCAACACAUUCCCUGAAUAACAAGGUGGAUGUAGAGUUUAACUAUGACUUUAUCAAAUAUCGUACACAGGUUGUGAAAACAGGAGUUAGUACUUAUUUCAUCAGUAUGAAUAAAUCCUUUAUUGAUAUUGAAGCCCACAGACUGAGUGAUGGAGGGUUGUUGAUAUCAUUCGAUGGAUCCAGUCAUACCACCUAUAUGAAAGAGGAGGUUGAUAGUUACAGGAUAACUAUUGGUAACAGAACAUGUGUUCUACAUAAAGAAAAUGACCCAACAGUCCUCAGGUCCCCCUCAGCAGGAAAGUUACUGAACUACACUGUAGACGAUGGUGGACAUGUAUUUGCUGGUGCUACCUAUGCUGAGAUGGAGGUGAUGAAGAUGGUCAUGGAAUUACGGGUGUCAGAAAAUGGAUGUGUCCACUUUGUCAAGCGACCAGGAGCUGUACUAGAUACUGGUAGUUAUGUAGCAAGGUUAGACUUGGAUGAUCCUAGUCGUGUUCAACAGGCAGAACUCUUCAUGGGGUCAUUACCUACAUUACAAAACCCACUGAACCAUGGAGAAAGGAUGCAUCAAGUUUUCCAGAGAACUAGAACGGAGUUAGAGAACUUAUUAGCAGGAUAUGUACUGCCAGAGCCUUUCUUUAGUACAAGGGUGAAGAAAUCAGUAGAAACUUUAAUGAAAUGUCUGAGGGAUCCUUCAUUGCCAUUACUUGAAAUGCAGGAAUUGAUUUCAAUUAUCUCUGGACGAGUACCAACACAUGUAGAGAGAUCAAUAAAGAAGUUACUACAGACAUAUGCCAGUAAUAUAACAUCCGUACUAAAUCAAUUCCCAAGUCAGCAGAUAGCUACUGUAAUCGAUGGCCAUGCUGCUACGCUUACAAAGAAAACAGAAAGAGAAAACUUCUUCAUGACAACCCAGGGCAUUGUACAGCUAGUACAAAGAUACAGAAAUGGUAUCCGUGGACACAUGAAGACAGUUGUUCAGGAUUUACUGAAACAGUAUCUGAGAGUAGAACAACAGUUCCAACAAGGUCAUUAUGAUAAAUGUAUCACUAAGUUGAUGGAGAAGAAAACUGAUGACAUGUCAGCCGUAGCUGCCAGUAUUAUAUCUCACCUGGCUGUCAAACAGAAAAAUAAACUCAUUAUCUUACUGAUUGAACAUUUAUUUGGCAAAGAACCAGGCUUGACCGAUGACUUGGCUUCUAUCUUGACAGAACUGACCACCCUUAACAGACAAGAUAAUAGUAGUGUAGCACUGAGAGCCAGACAGGUUCUGAUAGCAGCCCAUCUUCCACCAUAUGAACUUAGACACAAUCAGAUGGAAUCUAUUUUCCUGUCUGCCAUAGACAUGUAUGGGCCAGAAUACAAUCCUGAUAACUUACAGAAAAUAAUUUAUGCUGAGACUGCAAUCUAUGAUGUUCUACAGGAUUUUUUCUGGCAUUCUAACUCCCUUGUCAGAAUGGCAGCUUUAGAAGUAUAUAUAAGAAGAGCUUACAUAGCCUAUGAUGUGAAUUGCGUACAGCAUUGUGAAAUAGAUGAAGAUUUAUGUAUAGUGGAGUUUAAGUUUUUACUUCCCAGAUCUCAUCCUAACAGACAUGACAGUUGUUUAUUUGAGGGAUAUUUUUAUCCACCAGCUAGAGACAUGGCUGCAUUAUCAAGAAUGAUGGUGAUGAGGUUUGAUAGUUCAGAUAAGAUGACUGAGAUAAAGGAUGACCCUACUGCAGCCCACAUUGACCAGUUACAUGAUACACCAGUAUGUCAGAGAACAGGAAUCAUGGCAUCAUUUAACUCUCUAGAGGCUUUUGAUAAUAAAUUUGACAAGAUAAUGGAGAGAUUUUCCAUGGAUGGUAGCCCGUCAGACAGUCCUAACUUGUUCACAGAUAUAGGUUCUCCUCCAACAAAAGGAGAAGAUACAAUUUCAAUACAUAGUCUGUCAGAUGUAGAUGAACCUAUACAUAUCAUUAAUGUGGCCAUCAGAUCGUCGGAGGUGUAUGAAGAUAAUGUUCUGUCUACCAUGUUUGAGAACUUCUGUAAAUCAAAGAGAGAAAUGAUGAAUGAGAGAGGCAUUAGAAGGAUUACAUUCUUUAUAGCAUCUAAGAAAAAAUUUCCAAAAUAUUUCACAUACAGAGCCAAAUUCAAUUUUUCAGAAGACUCAAUUUACCGCCACUUAGAACCAGCUUUAGCUUUUCAGUUAGAGAUUAACAGAAUGAGAAACUUUGAUUUAGAGGCUAUUCCUGUUUCAAAUCACAAGAUGCAUUUAUAUCUUGGUAAAGCUAAGGUUGCCAAAGGUCAGGAGGUCACAGACUACAGAUUUUUUGUUAGAGCUAUUAUACGUCAUUCAGAUCUUGUUACUAAGGAAGCCUCCUUUGAGUUUCUACAGAAUGAAGCAGAGAGAACUUUAUUAGAGGCCAUGGAUUCACUGGAAGUGGCAUUCUCUCAUCCUGCUUCAAGGAAGACAGAUUGUAAUCAUGUGUUUUUGAACUUUGCUCCAACAUUGACACUGACAGAGCCAGGAAAGUUAGAGGAGACUGUAAGAAGUAUGGUAAUGAGGUAUGGUACCAGGCUCUGGAAGAUGAGAGUUUUACAUGCUGAACUUAAAUUUGUCAUCAGACUUUCACCUGGAGCACCAAGACUACCAAUCAGAUUGUUCCUUACAAAUGAAAGUGGAUACUACUUAGAUAUCAGUCUGUACAGAGAGGAAACAGAUUCUAGGACAGGACAGAUCAUGUUCAAGGCCUACGGGACCAAGCAGGGACCACUACAUGGACUGUUAGUCAGUGCGCCAUAUGUUACAAAGGACCAUUUACAACUAAAGAGAUUUCAGGCCCAGCAGUCAGGGACGACAUAUGUAUAUGAUUUCCCUGAAAUGUUCAAACAGGGAUUACUGAAGCAGUGGAAAGAGUAUAUUGUUCUACAUAAGUUAAAGGAGAGUGAUAUACCAGAAGACCCUUACUCCUGUACAGAACUCGUACUAGAUAACAGAGGCAACCUACUGAUGCAAAACAGGCUACCAGGUCAAAAUGAGGUUGGUAUGGUAGCCUGGCAGUUAACAUUGAAGACCCCAUUAUACCCCAAUGGUAGAACCAUCAUUGUUAUUUGUAAUGAUAUCACAUAUAAGAUUGGAUCAUUUGGACCACAAGAAGAUGUAUUAUUUAAGAGAGCAUCUGAGCAUUCAAGAAGACAUGGAUAUCCCAGGAUUUAUAUAUCCGCUAACAGUGGAGCCAGAAUAGGCCUGGCAGAAGAAGUCAAACAUCUAUUUAAAGUAGCGUGGGAGGAUAAUACUGACCCCGACAAGGGUUUCAAAUAUUUGUACUUAAGUCCAGAAGAUUUUAAGAAAGUGAGUGCUAUGAACUCUGUCAGGGCUGAAUUAAUACAAGAUGGAGGAGAAUCUAGAUACAAAAUUACAGAUAUUAUAGGAAGAGACGAUGGACUAGGUGUAGAGAAUUUAAAAGGUUCUGGUAUGAUAGCUGGAGAGACGUCUAAAGCUUAUGAUGAAAUUGUUACAAUUAAUCUGGUGACAUGUAGAGCUAUUGGUAUAGGUGCAUAUUUAGUGAGGCUAGGGCAGAGAACAAUCCAAGUAGAAAACUCUAACAUUAUCCUGACAGGUGCUAGUGCCCUCAAUAAGGUCCUCGGUAAAGAAGUCUACACAAGUAAUAACCAGCUAGGUGGGGUACAGAUCAUGUAUAAUAAUGGAGUGUCACAUGACGUGGUAGCUAAUGACUUUGAUGGAGUUGUCCAAAUAUUACAGUACUUAUCUUACAUGCCAGAGAAACAUGGCAGUCCUUUACCAUUAAUGAGUUUAUUACAUGACCCUGUAGAUAGGAAUAUAGAGUUUGUACCUACAAAGGCACCCUAUGAUCCUAGGUGGAUGUUAGCUGGAAGGCCUCAUCCUGAUAGAAAGACAGUUUGGCAGUCUGGUUUUUUUGACCAAGGUUCAUUCAGUGAGAUCAUGGCUGGAUGGGCACAAACAGUGGUUGUUGGCAGGGCAAGGCUAGGAGGUAUACCUAUGGGAGUUGUUGCCGUAGAAACAAGAACUGUGGAAACUUCUACACCAGCAGAUCCUGCCAAUUUAGAUUCAGAACUCAAGAUUUUACAGCAAGCUGGUCAGGUAUGGUUCCCAGACUCAGCCUAUAAAACAGCUCAGGCACUUAAAGAUUUUAACAGAGAGGAAUUACCAAUAAUGAUCUUUGCUAACUGGAGAGGAUUUUCUGGGGGAAUGAAAGACAUGUAUGACCAAGUGUUAAAGUUUGGAUCCUAUAUUGUGGAUGCUUUAGUAGAAUACAAACAGCCAAUCAUGAUUUAUAUUCCACCAAAUGGAGAGUUGAGGGGCGGAGCUUGGGUUGUUGUAGAUCCAUCAAUCAAUCCUACCCACAUGGAAAUGUUUGCUGAUGAGUUAUCAAGGGGUGGUGUUCUUGAACCAGAAGGCACUGUUGAAAUUAAAUUCCGAGAGAAAGAUUUACUGACAACAAUGAAACGUAUAGAUUCUGUAACGAGGAAAAUUGUAGAAAACUUAAACAGUCCUGAAUUAUCAGAGGAAGAAAUAAAAACUUUGGAAGAUCAGAUGAAAAAGAGAAAGGAUUUAUUACUACCUAUGUACCACCAGGUGGCAGUAUUGUUUGCUGACCUCCAUGACACACCUGGUCGUAUGGAUGAGAAGGGAGUUAUUAGUGAUGUUUUAGAAUGGCAGAGAAGUAGAGAGUUUUUCUACUGGCACGUUAGACGAAGAUUACUAGAGAAUGAAGUUAAGAACAGGAUUCGUCAGAUCACAGACAGUCAGAGUGAAGGACAGUUAAAGUCUAUGAUUGGCCGAUGGUUUGUAGAGGAUCAAGGAGCUAUUAAUGCUUAUAAAUGGGAGGAUGACAAAGCUGCUGUAGAAUGGUUACUAGAACAAAAGAAAGAUGGAGCUGACAAUUCAAUAGAUGACAACAUUAGAUGUUUACAUAGAGAACAUGUGUUACAGAAAGUUAGAAGUUUGUUACAAGAUUAUCCAGAGGUUGCCAUGGAUUCAAUAGUACAUAUAACUCAACACAUGACAGCAAGCCAACGUACAGAGGUAUCCAGAAUUCUAGCCAGUAUGGACUCUUGACCAGGGACAAAAAACUUAGACACUUAAUUCUAUAAUUUUAUAUUUAUCAAUUAUGAAAAAGAAUUAAAUAUGUUGCCAGUACUUAAUUAGAACAUUCUUAGCAGUAAGCUGUGUUAUAUCAGUGAUACUGCUUGUCUGUGAUAAAUAGUAACAAAUCAGUGGAUGCAUUUAACAUUGAAUCUUACAGUGCUAUAAAGCUGCUUAUAACCUAACAGUGCUAUCAAAUAAGGUUGUACAGAUCAGAUAUUUAUAUUAUAAUAUAAAGCAUGCAAUGUGUUAGAUAUGGGCAUUUAAAUUCAGAAAAUUAAUUUUCAAUCACUUUCAAUAACAUUUGAUAAAUAGGAACAUUGUAAAUAACUUUGUCAUCAUACCUCCUUUGUAAUUUUAAAUUAUAUUUUGUAUCAGUAUUGUGAUAAAAGCCACCAUGACCAAUGAAUACUUUUUUUAUUUGUAUGUUUUGUUAUUGUUUUUGUACUCAAGUAAUUAUGUGUAAAUUUUUGUUUUUGUGUUUCACGGCUGUCCCUUUUGUUUUGAAUAAAUAAGAUUUUGUUGUGUAGGAAACAAGAAGCUUCUUUUGAAUCUUUAAACAGAUUAUUAACCCACCAUCUCCUUUCAUUCUUAAAAACUAGGAUCCUUAAAUAAAUCUGGAUAAAACAAAUAAGAAAUAUCUAAGUCAAUGGUAGUAAACAGUUAAUUAAGAUAUCAAUUUAUUUGUGUCAGUAAUGUUUUAUUUAAUUGUAAAAAUAUAAAUGGAAGCACUUAAAGUGGGUUGAUUGCACUUAAUUCUUUAAAGAUUGUACUUAAGUCAACAUUUCUGAAUACUGAGAUACUAGAAAAAAUGCAUUUAAUUAUAUUACUUGUACUUGCAUCAAUCUCUUACCAAAGUCAAAGUAGACACAUAUAUUCAAUGCAGAAAAACAAAGUUGUGUCACCAAGUUGAUGCUAAGAUAUAACCGGUUCAUUGUCCAAGAUUGUUUAUAUACAAAUGAUAUGAAGGGUCAUACAUGUAUGCAGCCAUGGCUCAUAUAUAAUAUAUCUACAGAUGAUUUUUAUUUGAUGUGAAAAACUCUGCUAUAUUAUAAUUAUUGCACAUUAUAUAAUCUGAUGUAAGUUAUGUAUAUUAGAUCGUAGGAUAUUUGUAUCAUUUCUGCUCUUUGUUGAUCUUUUGUUUUCUUAUUGUUAUUUGAAUUGUUUCUGUUUAUUUUUUCACAUAAUAAAUAUUUAGUGUUAAGUUUAUCAAUGAGAUAAUGUCAUCAAUAUUUCCAUGUUUUAUAAAUCUAUAUUUCUAUUCAUGUCUUAUUUAUUAUUUAUAAACAAGUAUUUAUCUCUAUUGUUGUUGAUUUCUAGACAGCAGCUAAUUAUUAUUAAUAUUAUUCAAAAAAUGUUAUAGUUAUAUUACUGUUUAAAGUGACUGUUUCUUUCACACCAAUCUCCAUUUAAUAAGAUCUUUUGUAUCUAUGGAAAUGAAACAAUAAAAUUUCAUUGGAAUAUCUUAUAU